GGCCCUUCCUGGCCAGGCCUGGGCCUGCUCCACUCAGCCAGGGCUAGGGCUGACCUGGGGGGGUCCCCACCUCUGCACUAGUCAGUCUCUAAGGGACACCUCAGGGGUCAUUCCUGCCCUAGCCUAACCUGGCCGGCCCCAACGCUGACCCCGUGGAGCACGGGAAUGCAGCAGGGCAGGGGGGCGGCCGUAUGAAUGACCAUCGCUCCCCCGCACCCAAAUCUCCCGCCCCACAGGGGGUCCCGCGGCUGCCCCUAGCGACCCUUCCCCUGUUCGGCACCCGCCACACGUGGGGUCGGAGAUGCCAGAGGAGACGUCCCUCCCGCAGCCAGGAGUGGACAUUUCCCAGGCCUCGGCGGUGCCCUCGGCCCCGUCACCUCGCACGGCUGUGAAUCUCGUGCAAUGACGGCACCCGGCGUCAAAAGAAAGGUCCUUUCUCUUGCUAGUUUUCAACCCGGUGAACAGCAAGUUUGCUCGCUCCACGCCCCCGUGAUGGUCUGGACCUCCACCCUGUCCCCUCUCGGUCUUCUCCUCUGCCACCUGUCCUGAUGGAGCCGCCUUUAGUCUCUCCUGGCCUGGCAGCUGCUCCAGGCCUUGAUCAUCUUGGUUGUGCUCCUCUCUCCGCCUUUCCUCGUUCGACUACGCCCUCUCUGAGACGCGGGGAGUCGCGCUGCCCACGCGAUUCAAGAGGCGGGCGCCCCGUGGACCUGUGGAGCGGCGCGAUGAUGUUCUGUUUUCCUUUGGGCCUUGGCCAGGGCUCGGUGGCACGGGCCAGGCUGAAGGAGCCCCCGGCUGAGCUGAGACACCUGCCAGGGCAAGGAGGCUGCUGCGCCUGUCCAGGGGUGGUCGGCACCUGCCCUGACUGAGAUCCCCCAAUUCCUGGGGGAAGCAAAGCCUACAGGGACCUACUUCCCUGGUCAGACUCCCCAUUUUGAGCCUUUCUGAUCAGUCUUGGGAACUGGAAACACGCCCUCUAGGUGAGUGGAGGUUUUCCCCACCUGCAAGCAGGUAACUAAAAACUCACCACCACCUGAAGCAGAGUUGAAAAGGUUGAUGUUGCAGCACCUCAUGGAGGCAGCAUCUCCUGAGCAAGCCCAGCCACUCUGAACAGGCUGCUGGUUCCCACUCCAACCUCUGCCCAUUGCUUUGAGUCGGGAGGUUGGGCCAAGCAACCGAAAGAGUGGAUUUAUCAUUAAGAAACCUCACCAGCAUCGCGGGGCAACACGACAGGCUUAAGCAACACACUUCUAGGAUCUCACAGACCUCCUUUGUUUCUUUACUGAGAUUGUAACUUGACUUUGGGGGUGAACUUUGCUCUCCCAGAUGUUAUUGGCUCAUUCUAAGUGGAAAGCCAAGAUCAUAGUACCUACCACAAGGAUUUUACAGUCUUUGGAUGAAAAAGUAAGGAUGAAGUUACACCUUACACUUAAACCAUAGUAGGAAGCCCGCCAAAGGUUUUGGAAACAUCUGAAGACCCAGGUGCAGGUGGAGGAUGUUUGCUGGUAGUAGGGCCACUUAUGGCUGUGGACACUUGGAUUUGGAAUUAGUUUUGGCUAAUUUGGCUGCAGAUACAAAUUUAAAAAAAAUACUAAGGGCACUCAAACCACAAACAUCUGAAAGUUACAACUUGUUAACUCAUACUAAGUGCCCUCUCUGCAUCUCAAAGUUCUGCCACUUCAGGCAAGGGUUAACUCGGCUGUGCUACCCAGCUUAUAUUUGGGUAACUUCAGUCUGUUCCACAAAGACAAAAUGAGCAAUUUGCAGUCCUCUAGCAUCCCAGGAUGCACCCUUCCUAGCAAUCUCCCCCUACCCAGGGAUAGAGUCCAGGUGUUCUGGCUCCCAGCCACACUCAUGCUCUCCAGCCUGCUAGGCAGAGCUGUGUGGGCAAGAAAUGGUAUUCACCUUUAAUGUGCAAUUGCUCACAGCAUCUUCAGACUUCAAUGCAGUCUAACAUUCCUCAGAUUUAGUACAGGCAGUCCUCAAUUUACAACGUUUCGAGUUACAAUGUUUCGCACUUACAACAUUUCUAAAUUAACACCCUGUUUCGACUUUAUGACGCCAGUUUCGACUUUACAACGCUUGAUCUGACGUGACGCCACACCAGGGAACAAGUUGGCUGCGUCGCCCAUCUCCCUGGAGAACGUCUGUCCAAACUUCCUUGGACGCUUUCUUUACGAAAGCAAAGAGACUCCAAAAGAACCUGUAGCCAAGACUCCUGAGAAGACUCCAGCCAAGAGCCCUUCAAAAAGUCCAGCAAAAUCACCUCAAAGAAGUCCUUCCAAAUCAAUAUGAUUUCUAUUUACAAUAUAAAUACAUUAAUGUAGCUAUAUUGCUGAUCGAUAAUUGAUCGAGUACAACAUUCUGGGGUAUUUUUGGUGAAAAUAGGGUAUCCGGCCUUGGUUCAGGAACCAACCCCUUGUUUAUAACAUUGUUUCUUCUGAGAAAAUUGGUUCCGAGUUACAACGUUUUGACUUAAGACGCGUUUUUCAGGAACCAGUUGUGUCGUAAGUCCGAGGACUGCCUGUAUUGUCUGAGUGACAUGUAACUUCACGAUAUUUCUGAGCUGGGAGUUUGUGUGGUUUAAUUGUGAUGCUGGCAACUGGCACUUCUAAGAACUAUUCCCUUUGCUAAUAGCUGACCCGCUCUUUAGGCUUGGUUAGUUCGAAGGCCAGCAUUUCCAACAACGCUGUCUUAUUCUGAGAGUCCAGCUAGCAAUCACACAAGAGGCCUGAACUUCCAGGCACGCUGAGCACCAGCCACUCUCAUUGCCACAGCUAGCUAGGAGCUCUGGGUGCUCAGCUCCUCAGAACUCCAGGCAAGAGACCUACCUUCAGUGGCUACUUUAAAAAAUGUUUUCAUUGGUCUUUUGGCUUCUGUUUCUCCAUGUGUUUAAAAUUAGAAUACUAAUACUUUUGUCAAAGGGGUGAAGAUUAAUUAAUGCUCAUAAAGCACCUUGCAAAUGAAACUGCUAUGUAAGUGCUAAGUGUUCUUUUCUUCAGCCUUGUCACCUGUGGUUUUAUAAUUUCCUUAUGACUUCCUUUUGUUUAAAUGAUAUGGCAGUAAAGGUAUUGGGAAUUAUAUCCAGCUGAGCAUUGCAUAAAAUAAUUAUUAUGUCCCAGAGAGUUAGUAUUUUGCCUUUUGUCAAAGGAAUAUGACCCAGAACGCCGUCUGUUAGAAGAAUAUCUGGAAGGAGAGUAACACGCAAUCCUCCAAAUGCUCCUGGCAUAUUAGCUUGAUCUUUCAGUUCUCCCACUCACCAAACUGAGCAUUCAUUUGCCUGUGACUUCCCUAAAUCCUGCUUCUGACUUCUUGAGUUUCCCACGCUGCCCACCCUUUCUACUUCUGAUUGCUUCUGCAUACCCAGAGACUUCCACAGAUCCUCUCUUGGAAGUGGGAUCUGUUUCCUGCCACAUUUUAGAUCUUAGCAUACAUGUAGUUUAUACGUUGUCUAAUACAGAUCUCUUAGAAGAGAUGUCUAGCACGAGGAACGAUACAGGCAUGACCACCCAUCCCUCUCCUCCCCCCACCUGAUUACAACGUGUUGUCACCUUUGUCUUUGAUGCAGGCACGUGGUCCACGGAGAUAGGUCCCAAGAUGUGAUGCUCCUUUUGCAGCCUUUGAGGCCAAGGAUUUAGUAUUCAAAAGUGGAUUAGGUGUUUACCUAAAUAAUGAGAAAAUCCUCAAUUGGGUUAGAUGGGAUAAAGAAUUUAUAGGGGAAAUGGACACACAUGCUGCUGGGCAUAAACUGGUCACUAACUCAUAGAUUCAUAGAUUCAUACAUGCUAGGGUUGGAAGGGACCUCAAUAGAUCAUCAAGUCUGACCCCCUGCCUAGGCAGGAAAGUAUGCUGGGUUCAGAUGACCCCAGCUAGAUGCUUAUCUAACCUCCUCUUGAAGACCCCCAGGGUAGGGGAGUGCACCACCUCCCUUGGGAGCCCGUUCCAGACCUUGGCCACUCGAACUGUGAAGAAGUUCUUCCUAAUGUCCAGUCUAAAUCUGCUCUCUGCUAGCUUGUGGCCAUUAUUUCUUGUGACCCCCAGGGGUGCCUUGGCAAGAAGAGCCUCACCAAUUCCCUUCUGCGCCCCCAUGAUGAACUUAUAGGCAGCCACAAGGUCGCCUCUCAACCUUCUCUUGCGGAGGCGGAAGAGGUCCAGGUGCCCUAGCCUCUCCUCGUAAGGGAGACUCAGAGGGGCCAAGAUGAAGUUUUGCCUGAGAGCAAAUGCUUCCAUUGAGGGGGUCUGAUAGCCUUUCCUAUAUAUCUUUUGGCGUUGGGUGCUAACAGGACUUUGGCAUGUAUCAUUGGUCUAAUCUGGUGUGGUGAAUCCAGGUUUCCAUAUGCACGUGUGGCCCAAAGCAGAGCGCUGCACUACUCCCAUGAAAAUGGAGCGUUGGCUUGGCCCACAUAUCUUCAGGCAGGCAGUUUUUAGAUGCCCCUUGAGCUACCACUCAGAGAGGUGUCUCUGUCAAGCACCCCACAGUCCUCUUCCUUUAAAUGCAAACCCUGAUGCUCGGCUUGUGUUUUGGUAGGUAAAUGAGCGAAAGCGAGGAUGACUGGCUCGCUCUCAAACCCAGCGAACCGCUGCCGUCUCAGUGCUGUGGCAGCGGCUGCAAACCCUGCAUCUCCGAUUUGUAUCAGAAGGAGCUAGCACAAUGGGAAAAGGCCAGAGCCAAGAAGGACAAAAGCCUCCUGAGCAAACAGAAGGAGCAGAGUUGUAAUUCAGAGCUAAAUCCAGAUACAUUUACUGCAUUCAGCAUAAACUCUGUGGAACAGCUAACACAGGACACCUACCUGUAUAGAUUUGAAUUACCAGAAAAUAGCAGCCUGGGAUUGAGUUUAGGACAACACGUUGUGUUAAGAGGGGAGGUGAAUGGCUUGGAAGUUCAGAGAGCUUAUACUCCAAUUAGCCCUGUGAAUGCAGAAGGGUACUUUGACGUUUUAAUAAAAUGCUAUGCAAGUGGACUCAUGUCACAAUACAUAAAAUCCUGGAAAAAAGGAGAGACAAUCUUUUGGCGAGGGCCGUUUGGAGGCUUCCCAUAUAGACCUAAUAAGUACGGAGAACUACUCAUGCUUGCCUCUGGUACUGGCCUGGCACCAAUGCUUCCCAUCCUCCAGUAUGUAACCGAAAACGAAGAUGAUGAAACUUUUAUCACCCUGGUUGGCUGCUUCAGGACCUAUGAAAAUAUCUACUUGAAACCUCUUCUCCAAGAUCUGUCUCGAUACUGGAACGUCAGAAUGUUUUACAUCCUAAGCCAGGAACAUUCACUGAAGGAACUUCCUUGGAGCUAUCAGAAAAACACAUACACUGACCAUAUAAAUGAAAACUUGAUUAAGGAAAUAAUUGGUUCGUGUAGAAGAAAGCCAUUUGUGCUGAUAUGCGGCUCAGAAGCAUUUAAUAAAGACAUGACUACAUGUUUGAAAGCAGUUGGACUUGAAGAGGAUUCAUAUUUUGCAUUUUAGCAAAAUACGUUGAUAUAAGUAUCACAUGUUAACCAUGCAGACCCCAACCUCAGUAUGUUUAUUGACCAGUUUGAUUUUCUCAUGCAUACAUUUUCAUAAGACACUGUACAAGAUAUUUCAUAAAGUGUCUUUAUGGUAAAUGCUAACAGAUUGUUUUAAAAUUUGUAUGAACCAGCUGACUGUACAGGGUAGCUGCUGCAAUACUUUGUCACAGCGGGGAGAACGAAGGUUGGUGGCAGAAAUACUAACUGAGAAUUUCAUCGAGGACCUGCAAAGUUUCUUUCACUUUUCUAUGCAUGUUAUCAUUUCCAUUUUGUAAUAAAAAGCACACAGGUAAGCAA